AUGCUCGAUUCUAUCGAUUUCACUCGGACCGGAGCCUACCUUCUGCGGGAGAAUGGUUACUGGCGGCUGGAGUACUGCGACCUUAUCACGAGACGUUCGUCUUGCCCCAUCUUUGCACCGUUGGUGGAUGAAGACGAAAUUGAGAUCACUGGCUGGGACGGGCGAUACCCAGAGAUCCGGAAGGGCUUGUGGGAAGGUCGAGAGGUUAAGCUUUGGAUGGCUUGUACCGAUCUGGGCAUCAAAAAUCUGGAGACCAUCACACGAGCCUAUCACGCACUUCGAGGGCUCAACGUGACUGCCAACGUACUCGGACAUGUUGUGCGGGGCAAGCACGUUGUAGGAAUCAUGACGGACGUUUUACGUGGCAGGGUGCCGACCUAUUACGAUCGCUCUGCUGUAUUCGAAGUCCUUGCGAAGGUUCAGCAAGCCGGACUGAUCUAUCGCCAAGUCGGCGAUGGUGGUUUUAUCAUAGAGGAGGACGGCGUGAAGCUCCCAUGGAUGACUACGUUUCUUUUCGUGGAAGAUCCUGUAGAAAGGGCGUCCCUAGCUCAGCGUUGGCACUGGGAUUUGGGUCAGGGGUUCUUUGAGAGAUUGAAGUUCAGCUCCGCCUUCGACGAAGAUGAAAUCGCUCCUCCAGUCAUCGAUAUCCCGCGGAUGCCCUCGCCGCAGCGGCCUAUUCGCGUCUACGUUGCCUAUCUUUACUGCCCUGAUUCAUUCGACCGGCUCCCUUCCUUUUUGGACUCGCUUCUGAGAGGCUUCGCGUCCUAUGCUCGUAUGCCGCGCCAGCGUACGGAGCAAGGGAAGAAGCGAAGGGCAUUCAGCGACCUCCCAGCGGAGAACAAACAGGUCACAUUCCGGCGCGCUGCCAGCGAUACUUUCGUCGAUGCUCAGGUUCAAGGUCCCAGAAGGAGGCUCAAAAAGGAGGACAUCGACGACAGGGAGAUGAGGGAGAUGCCUGCCAGGCCUUGCUUGUUCCAGUUGAAGACGAUCUACCAACCUUACGAUCACUCCCAGCUUUCCAUCACGUGGAUCAAGGAAGAGAGGAGCCCUACACCUCUAAUUAGGUGGCGUUAG